AUGGCGCGCUUUACCACGUUGUGCGCACUGCCGCUCUCCCUCCUCCUAUCCCUCGCCUCCGCCCAAGGCCUCGGUAUCGAGGUGACGAAGCCUGCCGAUUGCACGCGGAAAACGCAAGAAGGCGAUAAGAUCACGGUCAACUACAAAGGAACACUGGACAGCGAUGGGUCUCAGUUCGACUCGAGCUACGACCGUGGGACCCCGUUUGAGUUCACGCUGGGAGCUGGACAGGUCAUUGCAGGAUGGGAUCAGGGCCUCGUAGGAAUGUGCAUAGGAGAGGGUAGGAAGCUGACCAUUCCGCCGAGCCUGGGCUAUGGCAACUACGCGAACGGGCCCAUUCCCGCAUCAUCGACCUUGAUCUUCGAGACUGAGCUGGUGGGCAUCGACGGCGUGCAGGCAGACCCUGAGAAACCACCACCACCACCCGCCCCCGAGCGCCCCACCGUUGCGCGCCCCACGGAGCCGACCGAGCCCACGGAGAAGCCCAUCCCUACCGCCGUUGCGACACCUGCCUCGUCCGAACAGCGACCCGCCGCCUCCAACGCUGCCGCUGAGCCCGCAGCUUCAACCUCGGACAAGGCCAGCCCGAUGGAGUCAGACGAUAACGGCGAAUGCCACCUGCUUGGCCCAUACGCUCUGAUAGUCCAGGGCGCUCUGGGCCUGCUAGCUGUGUCCUCGCUCGCCUACAAGAGAUGGCGCGAGACACCCCGCCGUCCGCUCAAGAUCUGGUUCUUCGAUGUGUCGAAACAGGUCUUCGGAUCUGUUUUGCUGCACCUGGCCAAUAUUCUCAUGUCUAUGCUGUCAUCUGGAAAGUUCGACGUGGCGGCAAACACGAAGGCUACACCACAACACGCAGGCCAGGACGACAAGGGAGACCUGCCGAAUCCCUGCUCGUUCUACCUGCUCAACCUUGCGAUUGAUACCACCAUCGGUAUUCCCAUCCUCGUGCUUCUGCUCAAGGUCCUUCACAGGGCCUUCCUCCUGACCCCCAUGGCCAACCCGCCCGAGUCCAUCCGCUCUGGAAACUAUGGUCACCCUCCCCGCGCUACCUGGUGGCUCAAGCAAUCCGUCAUUUACUUCCUCGGUCUGCUCGGCAUGAAGCUGUGCGUCUUCUUCAUCUUCCAGCUCCUCCCGUGGAUCGCAUGGGUGGGCGACUGGGCCCUUCGCUGGACCGAGGGCAGCGAGACGCUGCAGAUUUUGUUCGUCAUGUUCAUCUUCCCACUGAUCAUGAACGCUAUGCAAUACUGGAUCAUCGAUGGGUUCAUCAAGGACCCUGCUGGAAACGACACGAAUUACGAGGCUGCAGCUGGCGAAGAAACCGACGACGAGAGCGAUGACGAGUGGCUCGAGAGGCGGAGACAGAGAGGCGUCGAUGACGACAGUGACCUUGAGGACACCGAAGCCGGGCCCUUGAAAGAGGCUAACCCGACGGUCGUCCCCGUGCGCAGCCGGGAAUACGAUCCCCACAUUGAAGCUGGAAGCAGCCGGGAUGGACGCAAAGAGCGGAGUGAAUAG